CCGUAGGGGGGCUUGGUGCGCCUGCGCGCUGCGGCCGCCGUACUCCCCCCCCCGCCUCUCCCCUCCCCUCCAGUGCCCCGGAGGGGGGGUUGCUGCGCAUGCGCGCCGCGCUGCCCGCCCCUCGCCAGCAGCAGCAGGAGGAGGCGGCGGUGGUGGUGGUGCUGGCUGUGGAGAGCGUGAGGCAGAGCGAGCGCCGCUGCCGCCCCCUGCUCUCUGGGAGCCCCAGGUCCGGGCGGAGGAGGCCGGAGCGCCCCGGCGGCGGCGGAGGGAGCCAGAGCGGCGGUGGCAGCAGCAGCAGGAGGAGUCUGUGCCCGGCCCCCCUCCCCUCCCCCCCGCUCAGUCCCGUUACAGCCCCCCUCCCUCCGCGCUCCGCUCCGCAGCCACCAACAUGUCGGCGCCGGCGGCCAAAGUCAGUAAGAAGGAGCUGAACUCCAACCACGAUGGGGCCGACGAGACCUCAGAAAAAGAGCAACAGGAAGCAAUCGAACACAUUGAUGAAGUACAGAAUGAAAUAGACAGACUGAAUGAACAAGCCAGUGAGGAAAUUUUGAAAGUAGAACAGAAAUACAACAAACUCCGCCAACCAUUCUUCCAGAAGAGGUCAGAAUUGAUCGCCAAAAUCCCAAACUUCUGGGUAACAACAUUUGUCAACCACCCACAAGUAUCUGCACUGCUGGGAGAAGAAGAUGAGGAAGCACUGCAUUAUUUGACCAGAGUUGAGGUGACAGAAUUUGAAGACAUCAAAUCAGGUUACAGAAUAGAUUUUUAUUUUGAUGAGAAUCCAUACUUCGAAAAUAAAGUUCUCUCCAAAGAGUUUCACCUCAAUGAAAGUGGAGACCCUUCUUCAAAAUCAACUGAGAUCAAAUGGAAAUCUGGGAAGGAUCUGACAAAACGGUCAAGCCAGACACAGAACAAAGCCAGUAGGAAGAGGCAGCAUGAAGAGCCAGAAAGCUUUUUCACCUGGUUCACCGAUCACUCUGAUGCAGGGGCUGAUGAGUUAGGAGAAGUCAUCAAGGAUGACAUCUGGCCAAAUCCUUUGCAGUACUACUUGGUUCCUGAUAUGGAUGAUGAGGAAGGGGAGGGAGAGGAGGAUGAUGAUGAUGAUGAAGAGGAAGAAGGAUUAGAGGAUAUUGACGAAGAAGGAGAUGAAGAUGAGGGGGAGGAAGAUGAAGACGAUGAUGAGGGAGAGGAAGGAGAGGAGGAUGAAGGAGAAGAUGACUAAUUGAACACUGAUGGAUUCCAAACCCCCUUUUUACCUUUUUAAUUUUAAUCCAGUCCCUGGGAGCAAGUUGCUGUCUUUUUUUUCUUGUGCUCAGUCGCCUUGUUCUCUUGAGGUCUCUUUUUCUCUCCUCUACACCAUGGUUCACACUUUAUUUUUGGGGGAAAUACCUUGAGCAGAAUACAGUGGAAAAGAAUCUACCAGUUUCUGUUUCAAGUUCAUUUUUAUCCCUUUCUGUCUCAAAACUAAAAAAAAAAACUGUUUAUGGAAUCAACACACCAUGUUCUGUGGGAAAAAAGAAAACCUUCUGCUCCCUUCACUCUGCUGGAAGCUGAAGAGUGCUAGGCCCCUGUGUAGUAGUGCAUAGAAUCUAGCUUUUUUCCUUCUUUCUCUGUAUAUUGGGCUCAGAGAUUACACUGUGUCUCUAUGUGAAUAUGGACAGUUAGCAUUUACCAACAUGUAUCUGUCUACUUUCUCUUGUUUAAAAAAAAGAAAAAGCUAAAAAAAAAUAAUAAAUAAAAUAAAAAACUGGGGUUCUAGAAGGUGAGCUGGGUGGGUUUCAGAUGUUGGGGUGGGUUACGUGGGCAUUUUGACAACAUGGCUUCUUCUCCUUUGGCAUGUUUAAUUGUGAUGUUUAACAAACAUCCUUGCAGUUUAAGAUGACACUUUUAAAAUAAAAUCUUCUCCUAAUGAUGACUUUGAGCCCUGCCACUUGAUGGAGAAUCAGCAGAACCUGUAGGAUCUUAUUUGGAAUUGACAUUUCUCUAUUGUAAUUUUGUUCUUGUUUAUUUUUAAAUUCUUUUUUUUUUCUUUUUUUUUUUUUUUUUUGUUUCACUGGAAAGGAAAGAAAGAUGCUCAGUUUUAAACGUUAAAGUGUACAAGUUGCUUUGUUACAAUAAAACUAAAUGUGUACACAAA